CUUCAACACCGCACUGUCUCGAGCGCGGCGUGACCUUUUCUUCCCGGCUGCAUGUGGACGACACCAUGGAGUCACCGUGUGUAUUUCGCCGUCAUGACAUGUGCAUACUAUAUCGAGUACUGCUACGAGCUGUUGUGGGAGUUUCUGGAGAGCCCGGGUUCGUGGCACAAGUACACGGAAGUCGGACCCCUGUCGGACGCCAUCUAUGGUAACAUCGUACUGUGCGUGGACAACAGCACGGGCGACGCGGUCGCGAUCAAGCGCGCGAAAGCCGUCAACUGCAAGUUCCGCCGACCUGUCUCCAAGGCCCUGCAUCACAUGGUGGCUGUCUACGAAGAUAUUGAAAUGGAACGCACGAUUCUGCGCGACUUGAACCAUGUCCACGGCGGCCACCCUCACAUCCUCAAGCUUCGCGACGACUUUCUCUCGAACGGAUAUCACAACUUCGUGCUGGAAUACUGUCCUCAUGGCGACCUCAUGGACUUGCUCCUCGCUCAAAAGCGAUUUUCUGUGGACCAAGCUCACCGCUUCCUUCGGCAAGUUGCGUCAGCCGUGCACUUUAUGCACACGUGCGGUUAUGCCCAUCGCGAUUUGUCCUUCGAAAACGUGUUUGUUGAUGCAAAGGACGAGUGCAAGCUCGGCGACUUUGGACUCGCUAUCGGCCUACAAGCGCGUCCACGGUACCCUGCUGGGAAACCUCGGUACACAGCACCUGAAGUGUACUUGGGGCAGCCGUAUGCACCAGGCCAAGUGGACGUGUGGGCACUCGGUAUGAUGCUAUUUAUUAUGAUCACGGGUGAGCCACUUGCAGAAAAGGCCGUGUCGACCAAUUCAAAGUUUCAGCUGCUCGCACAGUGCGGUGUCAAGCACGUCAUAGCCACGAAUUCGACCUGGCGUGCUCUCGUCCCACCAAUGUGUGUCGACCUCCUCGGGCGCAUGCUCAUAUUGGAGCCUCAGAAUCGCAUCGAUAUGGGCGCCGUUAUGAUUCAUCCGUUUGUAGCGACAGAUCCGCCGCAGUAGCUCCCUAGCCUAUUUACGCUUUUUUGUUUUAACGUUAUCAUCGAUGUGUUUGCAGAUCGUCGUCGAGCGAUUUCUAGCCAGUGGAUGGUGCGUGUACCAGUAGAACCAGCCCAACGUAGCACCACCGCCUCCCAGCACUCCUUCAAAGAUGGGCUUGAUGAAGCGGCCACUGUUGUGCGAAUUCGUUUACUUGCUCGAACACUCAGUCGCCCCAUUCUCCCUCGACUUCGAAUGCAUUUCCAAGACUCUGGAUCGUUCGAUUCGGCCGACCAGCUCGUCCAGCGGAUGCCAGUUGGAGCUUCGGUCGAUCUCGCCUUCGCCAUCCGUUUGACCUCCUUCGCACUACGUGGUAGCAAUCGCGUCAAUGCAUAAUUUGCUUCCUUCGUCG